CAGUCGAGCGCGUGUGGGGGUUGACGCGGCAGGGUCGCGCGGUCGUGACAGCGCCAGUGGAAGCUAGGGCAGCACCAGCGUGCCUUAGUUCCGUGCGGUCUCGUGGGCCGCACCGACAUGGCGCUGGCACUGGGCGAAGCAGGUGUGGUGCAGUCUCAAUGAGUGGGCAGUGCGACAUGGACAUCGACAGCAUGAAGAGUCCAGGAGAGCUGCGAGACAAGACCGAAUAGCAGAGAACCAACGCAGCGCAGUAAGACGGCAGCGAGUAUGAGUAGGACAGGGCAAAAACAAAACCGCGGAAGAUAAUUGCGCAGCAAAGCAAUAAACAGCGAAGGAAGGCUGGUGGGCAACGACGCAUAGCUGAUCAACAGCAAGGCAUAAGCGGUGGCAGCCAGCAGCAAAACGGCGGAGGUGCAAAGCAGAACAGCCAGAAGCCAAACGACAAAGUAGCGACGCAGUGCAUCAAAGUACGGAAGCAUCGCGGUGGAACACGGUGGUGGACCAAGACGACUAAGCAGGACAGCGGACGAAAACAAGCUGUCGUAUUUAAAGUGGAGUGGAAUCGAGGAAGGCACCACAAUGCCACUCGUCAAGAGACGUGAGCAGUGGGACUCGCAGUGCGACUUCAUCCUCAGCUGCAUCGGAUACUCGGUGGGCGUGGGGAAUAUCUGGCGCUUCCCCUAUCUGUGCUACAAGCACGGUGGCGGCACGUUCCUCAUACCGUACAUCAUCAUGCUUCUGGCGGUGGGCAUACCCAUGUACGUGAUGGAACUGACGCUGGGCCAGUACGCCAGCCUCGGUCCCAACAAGCUGUUCCAGAAGCUGUCGCCGUUGUUCUCGGGCCUCGGCUACGCCAUGCUGCUGAUGACGACCCUCGUCUGCUUCACCUACAACAUGGUGAUCGCCUGGAUCAUCUUCUACGCUGCGGCAUCCUUUACGUCAGAGCUCGCGUGGUCGCGGUGCGGGCACGACUACAACACAAGGGACUGCUUCACGACGGCCAGCGACGACUUCUGUGCGGAGAGCAUUGGUGGAGCCAAGAUAUUCUGGAACAAUACCUGCUACCCGGUUAGCGAGUUCUGCACUCAGCACGAGCUAUCACCGUACAAUAAUACGCAUUGCAGCAACAAUACCGCUGAACAAAUGGUGCUAGCCGAUAUUUUUAGCAAUGUAGGUCACCGAGUGCUCGCCAGCGAGGAGUACUAUGUCAACAAUGUUUUAGGUGUAAAAAACCAUAGCUGGCACAACUUUGGAAGCAUGAAGUGGGACCUUUCACUCUGCUUGCUGGCUGCUUGGAUUUUAGUGGGCUCCUGCAUCUUCAGAGGCAUCAAGUCUUUCGGUAAGAUAAUCUACUUUACCGUCUUUUUUCCGUAUUUCAUUCUCCUCAUGCUGGUGCUUCCCACCACAGGACUAGACGGGGCCGUUGAAGGCCUCAGGUUCUUCGCCAUCCCGGACUAUCAUCAGCUGUCAGACUUAACCGUUUGGGUAGACGCCGCAUCCCAGACUUUCUAUUCACUCGGCUGCAGUCACGGCGCACUCUUCACCUUGGCCAGUUUCAGUCGCUUCAGAAACAACUGCAUGAGGGACGCCAUCGUCGUGGGAAUCGUCAACGCGGUGACGUCUGUCCUAUCAGGCGUCAUCGUGUUUUCGAUGUUGGGUUUCAUGGCCCUGCAAAUGAACAAGACACUAACGGAGGUGGUUGACACGGACUUAGGACUGGCCUUCAUUGUUUAUCCGGAGACCCUGUCCCACAUGCCGGUGGCGCCCCUCUGGAGCUCCCUCUUCUUCAUCAUGAUGAUCACGCUAGGUCUGGACUCUCAGUUCACCAUGAUGGAGUCGCUGACCACCGCUGUGUUUGAUGAAUGGCCACGCGUAGGCGGGAGGAAGGGGACCGUGGUAAUGAUAACUUGUGCAGUGUUCUUUGUGGCAUGCCUGAGCAUGUGCUUCAACGGCGGCGUGCUCCUUUUCGCGCUGGUCGACCACUAUUCCGUCUCCUACUCGUUGUUUGUGAUCGCGCUGGUGGAGGUGCUGGUCGUGGCCUGGGUGUUCGGCGCGGAGCGUCUGCUGAACUUGAUGCAGAACGACAUGGGCAUCAUCAUUCCGACGCCUCUGCGGCUCUACUGGCUGGUCGCGUGGAAGUACGUCAUGCCGCUGGUGCUGGUCUGCGCGCUGGUGCUCACUCUGGUGUUCCACAAACCCGUGUCGUACCGCUGCGGCGACGACGUGCAGUACUUCCCAGCGCUGACCCAGAACAUUGGACUGGUGAUGGCCGUGUCCCCGGCCUUCAUACUCGUCGCCGUCGGUGUCGGAGUGGUCUGUACCCAGCUGUGGCGGGGCGGCAGACUGACGGCCCUCCUGCGCCCUACGGCCGACUGGGAGCCGCCGGCGCCGGCUAGCCGCGGUGUUGCCAACGAGGCCUUCGAUGGCGCUAAUUUGGGCAUGAAUUUGUGACGGCUUCCGGAACUUUGGUGAUGAGCAACGGACAUUCGUUGUCCCAGCGACAACCAUCCACCACUGCAUGAUGUGCAUGAUUGUGGCGCGUGUGGACGUGCAUGAUGUGUGGCGCGUGCGCACCCACACCCACGCCCAUACAUUCACCAAUGUAUGUUCGCGCUCACAUACUUUCUCCGCUUCUCACUCUUACAAGCAUGUUCACCCUUGCCCAUGCGGACAUGCACGCUGGCCGCGGCGGGUUGGGUGCGGCCUGUUGGCGCCCUAGUGCGCACCACGUCGACCUCGACCCAGGGGCCGGUGCCGACCUUUGCAGGUGACUAUUCAGUCAUCGUGAGGUGUGAUCACUGCGUGUGUGUUUCGUUGAGUGACUGCUGGUGUGCUUGCAAAUAAAAAGUCAGGGAAAAACAUAAACUCGAUGCGAUUGCGAACGCAAUUAUGACAGUGUUUUUGUCCGGUGCUGCUGCUGACACAUCAGCCCGAUCGCGUAAAACGCAGGCAAAUGCGCUGUUGAAUACAUGUGUGCUCAUUGGAAGCAUCGCUCGCAGUUCAAUUUACGAUGGAAUGUGUAGAAAGGUACCGUUAUUUACAUUGUUCGCGUAACGAACAAGGCUCUUGUUGAGUGUUGUAUUUUUGUCGCGGGACUACGGAUCACAAAACGUGUGUAGCUAUGCAUGUAUUUCCUACAUGUAAUUAUUGCGAUAUGAGCCCAUGAUUGUACACUGGGAUGUUGCGUGGUGAAUGUAAUGACGACCAAAGGAUCUCCGUAGUACUUCACCCUCUAGAAGGCAAAAUGGCUCGUGGCACGAGAGAUCCAGGCACUGAAUCCCCAACGAAAUACAAAGACACGAGAGGCU